GAGGAAAAAGGAGCAGGGUGGAAAUUAGCUUCAUCUGCGCUGGAUGGAUGGAUGCAGCAAAAUCUCUCAAAAAGAAGCUGGCUCUCCCCUUGAUUGUUGCAUUAAUCUUCAUUCUUCUAUUCAGUGUGAAUAUGCCAAACAGCAACAACAACUCAAUCCCCAAACCACAUGGGCCACCAGUUGUUUGCUCCUUGGGAGUAUCUGAGCAGACCAUCACCCCACUCAAAAAUACCAAGCACUUACUGGUGUCAGCAUACGUGGACCAGAGAGUGAAGGAUUUGGAUAUACGCAUCAUUGGCAUAUUUAAGAGAGACUCCAUACAGCCCCUUCACUGUGCUUUUUGCUGCACAAAUUUUUUAAGUAAAACCACUCCAGCAACAAUUUUACAACAUUCUGAUCACUUUGGUUUUCCCUUCGCCACUACGGACGUCAUGUGUCAAAUUCCUCAGAACUGCAACGCUACACAUGUCACUCUCUUGACUACACCAGACAAAGAAAGUGCAUCUGACUCUACCUGGCUUCCUAUACGAAACCAAAAGAGCGACAGGCAAAAGGAAAACAUAAAGUUUGACUUCACAGUCUGCAUCUCUAGUCUGUUUGGCGACUACAACAAUGUGCUUCAGUUUGCACAGACUCUGGAGAUGUACAGGUUGCUGGGUGUGAACAGAGUGGUGAUCUAUAACACCAGCUGUGGUCCAGAGCUCAAUCGCCUGUUGCAGAAUUACAGCGACGAGGGCUUUGUGGAAAUGGUUCCUUGGCCCAUUGACAAGCAUCUGAAUCCAUCUCGUGGCUGGCUUCACUCACAGCACGGAGGAGACGUGCACUACUUUGGCCAGCUGACCACACUUAAUGAGUGCAUUUACAGAUCAAUGGAGCGUUCUCGCUACGUCCUGUUGAAUGACAUUGAUGAGAUUCUAAUGCCAUACCAGCACAAGGACCUGAUGUCUUUGAUGAACACGCUCCAAAAUCAGCAUCCAAAUGCAGGAGUAUUUCUCAUUGAGAACCACACCUAUCCCAAGAAGCCUUUUAAUCAAAGUAAAUGGGGACCCCUGCCUCAAUGGAACGGGGUGCCAGGCUUUGAUAUUAUGGUGCACAUCUACAGAGAGGAGCCUAACAGAAAUAUUUACCAUCCACACAAGUUAAUAGUUCAGCCAAGAGCAGUGCAGCAGACCUCAGUGCAUGAUGUGCUUAAGAUGUCUGGAGCAAAGUUCAAGGUUCCACCAGACGUAUGUCGGAUCAUUCACUCGCCAAUCAGUACUCCGACCAAUCCGCCACUUGAUCAGCUUCAUGUGGACACCCGACUGUGGGACUUUAAAGACAAACUGCUCCCCAAUGUGAUCAAGGUGCUGCGGAGAGCAGAACUGCUGAGAUCAGAGACGCAAAACUGAUAGAUGAUGGACAGAAACACAAAUAUUGAAGUUAUAGGAGAAAAAAGCUGGUCAACAAAACACGGGCUGACCUAUAGGGUUGGCAUGGGGUGGCAUGUGCCAGCCUAAAAUAAUCUCUUUCCAUCCCAAGUCCACCCUAGUUUUGCGUAUCACAAUGCCGUAUAUUAAAAUUAUCUAGCAUUAACACUCUGAGCCUGGCUACAAGUAACAUUAAGUAUAAAUUCUUCAGCCCAUAAAGCAAACGAUUUAAUUUCUUGUUGUCAGUAGCAACCAUGCUUAUGAUUGUGCCAGAGCACACAAUCAUAAGCAUUUUGAAUCAACACCAUGGCUAUUUUCCGAUUUCAACACAGGUGGUUGAUUGCUCCACUCUAGAACUGGAAUGAAGGUGAGUGUUAUUAACCCUCUGGGUUGACGGACACGUCACCCCUUCAAAUCACAUGACCAAUUUAAGCUGACAUAGCUACAAGCUGCAGCCACGCAUCUUCUAGCAUCAGGGUCUCUAUUUCAGCUUGUGUUGAAAGUCCAGACUUCAAACUAUAUGCAGGUUUUUACAUUUUAUUGAUAGGUCACUAACACUGGAGUUAUGAUAAGAAAAAAAAGAAAGAAUACUAUAGUCACGUUUUGUGUGGAAAGAAACUGUAAAAACGGCAUUUGGACAGCACUAAAAAGGAAAAAAAAUGCCACCCUUUCCUAUUGGUGGAAAAGUGUACCAUGUCCUACAACAAAAAUGAUAGGGCAACACGUGGGAUUUGGUUUUUUAGGAACAGGGAAAAUUUGGGGGAGUGGCGGUGGCGAGAAAGAGAAAGCGAUAUCGAUUAAUUUUAGUUUUAGUAGUAUUCUUAAACGGUUGUAAAAAACGGCAGAUGCAGUGGUUGCAAUUUUAGGUAAGUGGUUGUAUACAACUUAAUUGUUUACAAAGUUUGUACACAGGUUUUUAAAAUUUACAAUUUAUAUUUGCAUUUCAGGUUAUGAAAAUAAUUCACUAAACGUGUUUUUGGUUUUUAAAGUAAAUGUUUUCCGUACUCGGUUUUUAUGGGGGUUUUGUGUGUGUGUGAUAUUACAGGAUGUAAGAACUGGAUAUGUGUAGGGUGGCCACCCUAAGAAAAUUUCUCUAGAUCCGCCCCUAACAAAAUAGUCAUUAUGUGAGAGCUACUGCUGUAGAUGAAACAUGAGACAGGCCAGGUGCACCACCUUUGAACAUGAACACUUUAAAUAAUUUACAUAAGUUGUGAUAGAGGAGGCCCUGGGGAGCCAUAGGAAGCUACCUUCGUGAAAGACAGGUUACAGACAUGCUUGGAUUGUUUAAUUAAGAACUUCCGUUGUCAAACUCAUGGUAAACUUCCUCGUUAUACUAGUCGCAGAUUGGUUUCUUACGACAUUCUUUUCAUUCUUAUACCACGGUUCUUUCCUUCAUGUACUGUAGUGACUUAUAUACAUGUUACAGGAAUGCUUUUACACAUUGUGAGCUAAUCUUAUUAGCGUUCUUGCAGAGAGUUACAUGAGAAGAUUGACCCUAGUCUUAAACAUGGUGAUAUAUAUAAAACUCAGCUUAGUAUGAAAACUGUGAACUUGUGAAAUUAAACACUGGUCUUUUUACUGUGUCAGGAAAAAGGCAUGUUAUUUUACUACUGUUUAGACUCUAUGACCAAACAAAGCAACACUCCCCAUCAGGUCUACACUGAUUGCAGACUGGAGGUAAUUGUGAUGCGUUAUUUUUGCGUGUCCACAUAAGGCAGGUAGAAGGUGUGUCACUGCUUUCACAGAUCAGAAUAAAUAUGAUUUUGUCACCAUAACGCAAAAAUGUUAAUACAAUUUUGUAAUUGUUUCCUUGUUAGUCGGCAAAGAGUGAUAGUGGGAAACUCAAAAACAGAGCAAAAACAUCAUGUGAAUUUUGUGACCACAGUAGUGUGUGUGAGAUUGCUGAGAGAUGGAGAUGCCUUCCAGAGAAAAGCAAGCUUGCUUGUCAAGCAUCAGAAACUACAAAGACAUGUGGAAAAUAAAUGCAUGCAGAGGAUAAGCACACACCAGGAAGCACAAGAAAAACAAUGGGAACAAGAACAUCAUGAAAGGCACAAGCUUGACUAAUGCAGUAAAGUAAUGCCUGCAAUAAAAAGGAAGUUGAAUACCACUUUCUGACUGGUUUCAUAGCCGCAGACUUUCAAAUCGCAUUCUUCUUGUUCAAACAACAAACUGGGUUAAAAGGCUAACAUCUUGUAGUCAGUUAAACAACAGUUGUUGUUGUGUUUUUUUUUAAAGGUUGCCUUAGAUUUUGACAUACAGAUACAAAUCUUACACACACAGACACACACAGACACAGACAGACAGACACACACACACACACACACACACACACACACACACACACACACACACAAAAAAAACUUGCUUAGUCCUGAUUAGCUGCUGCUGAUUUUAGUAUUUAGCUCCAAUCACUGCUGGGUUUGUAAGUACAGCCCCACAGAGGAGCUGGCAUGGUUAUUGUCUGUUGAGCUGUGGCUAAGUGUGGUUUAAAAUAAUGCAAGUAGAACUAACCAUGUACUUAGUGACUUCAGAUUUUUUUGUGGUCAUGAUCAUUCACUGAAAUGACCCGUUUUUAUCUUAAAAUGUGGCUGUAAUAAAGAGUUAUCCCUUAUGAUGAAAGAACAGCCAAUGAUGGGGGAAUUGUUGUUUUUUUUGAUUGAUUGUCACAGAUUUUGAGAUAUGGAUACAAAACUUAGAUAGGAGAAACCACUUCUCUUUUUUUGGCUCAUUGGGUGAUGCAAAAGCAAAUUAUGAACCCAACACUGACAUGUUACCUCUUUCGCUCAUGUGACAACUGUAGCAGUUUACAAAAAGAGAUGACUGGUGCUUUUCAGUGUAGCUUGAAGAAGUACAAAAAAACAAAGUCCAGGAAAUCUUGCUAAAUAUUCUGAGUACGUAUACGGGGCGACCGUGGCUCAGGGGGUUGGGAAGGGCACCUGUAACCGGAAGGUCGCCGGUUCGAUCCCCGACCUCUCUGUCCUGGUCGUUGUGUCCUUGGGCAAGACACUUUACCCUACCGCCUACUGGU